AUGAGCACGGAAAGGAUCCUUAUCACACAGAAGACAAGACAGUGUUCGGCCAUCAAUCACCCCCGAUCCUCCCCUUUCAGAGCUUGGUAUCGGCUGGAUUCAGGGCUGAGCCUAAGUCAGGCCUGGCCUUUGCUAGUCUCCAUCCAGCCUGAAGCCUACGAUCCUCUUGACCCAACUGGGAAUAUUACAAUCAAAUGGGACAUCAUAAGUUGGACUCCUGAUGGCUAUGUCGCUGUUGUCACGAUCUUCAACUUCCAGCAGUAUCGUCACAUUCAAGCACCAGGAUGGUCAUUGGAAUGGACAUGGGCAAAGAAGGAGGUAGUAUGGAAUAUGAUGGGAGGCCAAACAACAGAGCAAGGAGAUUGUUCAAAAUUCAAAGGAAACGUUCCACAUUGUUGUAAAAAGACUCCGACAGUUGUAGAUUUAUUGCCAGGAACUCCUUACAACCAGCAGGUUGCAAAUUGCUGCAAGGGGGAGUUAUCAGCUCAUGGGCACAAGAUCCAGCCAAUGCUGCAAGUUCCUUCCAGCUUAGCGUUGGUUCAGCUGGAACUAGCACCAGGACCUGGUUAUUCAUGUGCUCGUGCAAAAAUUGUUAAGCCUACUAGAUUUAUGUCUACAGAUAAAAGGAGAAUCACUCAAGCUUUGAUGACAUGGAACGUUACAUGCACAUAUUCACAAUUUCUGGCUCAGAAGACUCCUACUUGCUGUGUCUCCCUGUCAUCUUUCUACAACAACACAAUAGUUCCUUGUCCAAAAUGCUCCUGUGGCUGCCAAACAAACAGUACUGAUUCAGGGGGUUGUGUAGAUCCAAAAGCACCGCAUUUAGCUUCAGUUGUUUCGAGUCCAGGUAAUAACAACCCUAAGCCACUUAUCCAAUGCACGAGUCACAUGUGUCCAAUCAGAAUUCAUUGGCAUGUCAAGCUUAACUACAAGCAGUACUGGCGGGCUAAGGUCACAAUUACAAAUUUCAAUUAUAACAUGAACUAUACACAAUGGAACUUAGUUGUCCAACACCCCAACUUCGACAAUCUGACCCAGAGUUUCAGUUUUUACUACAAGUCAUUGUCCCCUUAUUCGGCUAUUAAUGAUACUGCCAUGUUGUAUGGACUUAAGUUCUAUAAUGACCUGCUUAUGCAAGCCGGUCGUGCUGGUAAUGUUCAGUCAGAGCUACUUUUCCAAAAGGACAAGACCACUUUUACCUUUGAGAAGGGCUGGGCCUUCCCUCGGAGAAUCUAUUUCAAUGGCGACAAUUGCGUCAUGCCUCCUCCUGAUGCCUAUCCGUGGUUGCCUAAUGCCAGUUCACGCCGGCUCCCUUCACCGCUUAUUCUAAUGAUAGCCUUCUUUUCUGCAUUGGCUUUCUUACAUGGAUAUGCAUAG